AUGGCGUCUUCAUCGGAAACGAUAGUAUUUGAUAGUAAAAUGAUCAAAACAUCGACUGUAACAGAUGAAUUGGCGGCCACGUGGGGUGGUCGUUGUUCGCUACCAGAAUCUAGAAGAUUAAGAAGGAUACAUUCGUGGUCAGGUGGCCCGCCUCACGAUCUUCCCUCCGAAAUCCGAAUAUUAAGAGAAAGAUUAGUGCGCACACAAGCUAAAUUACGUCCGGGAGCGGUUCGACAUCUCUCUCGUCAUCAACGACUGACACUGGCUUCUCUUGCAUUGGUCGACUUCAUGAGCUUCUGUUCUAUGAGUAUCAUGGCUCCAUUUUUCCCCCGGGAGGCUGCAGAGAAGGGUCUGUCCGAAACAAUGUGUGGUAUCCUUCCAAAAAUAGGAGCAAAGUUUAUGUUUAUAGCUGGUAUGUUUAUCGCGGGCUCUUGUAAUGUUCUAUUUGGAACAUUGGUGUUAAUAGAAGAUUCAUCUACUUUCGCCGUGAUGUGCUUCGUGGUGCGAGGUAUGGAAGCGUUGGGCGCUAGCGCCUAUUCGACUGCCAGUUAUGUUUUCGUAGUGAAUGCUUUUCCAGACACCAUUGGAUCAGUUUUAGGAAUCCUGGAAACUUUUGUCGGCCUCGGUAUGUCCGUGGGUCCAGCGAUCGGAGGAUUAUUGUAUUCGAUCGGAGGAUUUGGUCUACCAUUUUAUAGCCUGGGUAUUGUAAUGGUAUUGACAGUGCCCAUUAAUCUUAUUCUACUUACUGACUGUGAUGAAUACGUGUCUGGUUCAAAAACUGCGUCAAUUCUACAAUUAUUAAAGAUUCCUUCAAUCAUCAUCACUGGUUUGGUAAUUGUUAUCGUCUCAAAUACGUGGGCUUUCCUUGAUCCGACACUUGAGCCUCAUUUAAGACAAUUUGAAUUAUCAACGAAACAAAUUGGAUUUAUAUUUCUUCUGUUUUCCAGUUUAUACGGAAUCUUUAGUCCGAUUUGGGGAUGGGUCGCAGACAGAGUGCAUAAUCAUUGGUGCAUGAUGGUAUGGGGUUUGUUUCUUUCUUCCAUCGGAUUACUACUUCUCGGUCCAUGUCCAUUUAUUCCUGGCCUUCCACAGGACUUAUGGUUAGAUCUAUUAGCGUUAUCUAUUAUAGGAAUGUCGGUGGCUUUAACAUUGUUGCCAACUUUUCAAGGAGUAUUGACAAGUUCUAUCUACGAAGGCGGCUGUCCUGAAGCUCUUGCUACCUACAGUGCUGUAGCUGGUGUGUGGUCUUGUUGCUACUCCUUAGGGGAAGUUCUAGGUCCUGCACUAGGUGGAGCGCUAGCACAACAGUAUGGUUUCCCGCUCUGUGCCACUAUUUGCGCUGCUGCUUGCUUCACGAUGGCGAUUGUGACGCUCACAUUUUUUUCUUUGCAAGAGUCAUCGAAGUGGAUAGAUGCUAUUGAUUCAGAAUCGACCACAAUUCCAUACACAGAUUCAACAUGGAAUAGUAAUCACUUUUGUCAAACGCAAAGUGCAACAGAAAGCCGACUAUCAGAAAACUCACGACUUAUCUCCCCGUGCAUAUGUGCAUCCAACACGGCAUACUAUGUGGUUCAGACUUCACCAUAUAAGAAAGUUUGUCUGAAACAUAAUAGAAAUAGAAAAAGUGGUUCAGCCAGUGUCGCUGAUAUGGUUGCAUAUUUUUUAAAGUUCCAAUAUUUGACAGAUAUGUAUGUAACUAUAAGAAAAUCAAUGGCAAAGAAAUGUAAAUCUAACUCGUUAACUGAUACUGAAGAAUUAUAUCAGAAUUAUCUCGAUAAUGAUAAUGAAGUGAACUGUGAUGUACAUACAAAUAUUAAAUUAAAUGAAAAUGAAAAUGGUGCCGUAAACAAUGUCAUAGAAGACUGUCAAUUUCAAAACAAAGAAGAUAGUUAUUGUUCUUAUUUAGAAAAAACAAUUUUCGGCCCUGUGGCAAUGCAGAUGAAGAAAGAAAAUAUUAUUAUUAAAAGAAAUAACAAGGGUCUCGUAGCUAAAUUAGUUUCAUUAGACGAGAAGAAACAGACUUCGGAUGAAAUCAUAGAACAUAAUUUACAAAAACUUCAUUUUUAUGAACAAGAUCCUGAGUGCGCGACACUUAAUGAUAUUUUUGAUGCUUGUGAUUGUAGAGACGAAGUAACAUACGUAAGAGGGACCGUUACUCUUUCAUCAUCAGGAGCUUGUGAAGUCUAGAAAUUAUAUUAUAAUAAUGAAA